GAGUUUAUCCGCAGUUUGAAAGGGAAAGGUAGAUGCAGUCUGUUGCGAUGAAAACAAAGUGGCAUCUUUAUAUGUUGUGGGGUGUUUUAUCACUUGGCCUCCUCUGCUGUGCAGUGGACACUUCAGUUACCAGAAGGAAACAGCUUUUCAAACUGGACACUCCAAAAUCCAAACCAGUAAAACUGUCAAGAACAGGCGACAGAAACUCCUCUGAGAGGUCACCUGCCGGCACGUCUCCAUUGUCCCAGCUCAGUCCCCCCAGGCCCGUCCCUCCUCCGACACCGCGAUCCACGCGUCCAGGGCGGCCCGGGGCAGGGAGCCGCUCGGCCCUUGCUUACCUCCCGGACGUCUCAGUAACCUGCUCCACGUCUGACCUCGUGGUGCGGGUCAAACCAGCUUUCUACGGGCUGGGCGCGGUUGCAGAGGAGCUGAAGUUAGGCAGCGCCUGCAAAAGCAACGGGGUCCUCAGACCAUACGGGGACCUGCUUUUCACCUAUCCUCUGACAGCAUGCGAUGCUGUGCGAGAGUCGCCGCCUGGUUUUCUGCUCUACAAAUAUGUGCUGCAUUAUGAGCCUUCUUCACAGCGCUUCCCAAGCAGAGCGCACCGGAUCAAAGUCAACAUUGAAUGCCGUUACCAAAGGAACCAUCACGUUUACCAGCUGACAGUGCAGCCCACCUGGGAAACUACCAUCGUGCAUAAAAGGCUGAAAGGAAGUCCAGGUGACUUCAAGAUGGAGUUGAUGGACGAUUCGUGGAGCAGACUAGCCAAGUCUCAGGUGUACCAGCUUGGAAAGACUGUACAUGUGCAGGUCUCUGCUCCUCAUCUCCCAACUGGUGGGAAACUGUACAUUCGGAGCUGCUAUGCUGCACCGUCCAGAGGCUCUAAAUCCCUCAAAUACACCAUCAUUGACAAUUUUGGCUGUGUGCUGGACAGCAAAAGCCACCCAGGGGCCUCUCAGUUCAUCUCUCGGACAGACGGCACCCUAAGAUUCUCCCUAAAGGCUUUCCAGUUCACCUCUGACCCUGACACACAGGUCAAUAUUCACUGCAAAUUAUUUGUCACAUCUGAGGAACCAGGUUCUGCACACAAGUCAUGCACCUACAGAGAAAACAGAUGGGAGGCCCUCACUGGUGAUGACUCUAUAUGCGACUGCUGUGAUUCACAAUGUGUGACCUCUAAACCCCGGAGGGCCAUGAUGGAAGGCUCUGCCAGCAGCGGGUCGUUGUUGGUCUCUGAUCAGCCGUUGGCAGCAGAAGAUGGUUUUCUACCAGUCAGCAGGACCAGAGAAGGCGAGGCCACAAUACAUCGCCAUGUCAGUGACAACCAGUGGGACAGUACGGAUAUAGUGAAGUAUGAUGAUGAUUAUGAUGAAGAGCAAGACUACACAGAUGAAGAAGAAGAAGAAAGUGGGGUUAUCCUUGGAGUGAUGAGAGAACCUGAUGUAGAUGAGUCAGGUUUUAGGAAGUGGCUCAAAGAGUCUGAAGUGAAUUUGAAUGAGACUGAAGAGGACGGGUCAGGGUCUGUCAUACAAUGGGAGAGUGAAGAGGAGGAGGGAUUUGAUGAGGUCAGUUUAAAUGAGAAAGAGGCUGAAGUGUUGCGUCAUCAGGUGCAGGUGGAGAAAAUAUCAUCAGACCCACAGAAAGAGUCACAGCCACCGAUAUCUGAAGGUGAAGAACAAAGCAGGAAGCAAACAGGUGGAGGUGAAGAGCACGACGGGAUGAUGGUGUCCGAGGUGGAGAGUGAUGAUAGGGACAUUACCUGGUAUUUCACAUGGAGGUAGCAUUAGUUAAUGAGUCGAUAUGCUCCAAGACUGUUGUACCAGAAGCAUAUUCUGAUUUAUUUCAAUAAAAAAUAUGAAAACGCUGUU